CACUAAUAGGCUCUGCACACUGAGCCCAUCCCGGGGGAAUGGUGGGAUUUUUUGACAGAUGUGAAACUCCGAUUCACACUGCCACCAUCCACCAUCCACCAUCCACCAUCCGUCAAAAACAGCUGAUGCCAAUAACAAGUUCAUUAAAUUUGCGCGGAAGAUUUAUUAAUUCUUGGUUCUUAUAAUGGAUGAUGAAGAUAUAGCAAUUAUUUCGGCUGUGGUUCAACAGCAAAAUAUUUUCUUGCACCAACUAAUAAUGUUGCUGUCAAUGAAUAAUGAUGAUGACGAUGAUGAAUUUAACAUUGACGAGGAUGAGAUGACCCAGAUGACUGCCAUAAAAACACAAAAGCCAGGAAGAUUAUGGUCGUUUAAGCGGUUCGGGACAUUUUGGGAGAAAGAUGUACCAGAAAACAACGAACCUCUCCGAAUGGAGAGGCCCUGCUUUGAUAUUUUAGUGAAUCGGCUUGAAGUGCUGCGAAAGAAGGACACCAACUGCCGAGCUGCAAUUCCUUUGGAAAAGCGCAUCGCCAUUGCGCUAUACACUUUGGGCUCGUCCUCUGAGUACCGAACAGUUGGCAGGCUUUUCGGUGUAGCUCCAAACAGUGUGUGUAAUAUCCUGCACGAGUUUUGCAGAGCACUUAUAGAUACAGAUUUACAUAUGUAAAUAUCGGCUCUGCAGGAAGGUGCAAUGACUCGAUGAUAUACCAGAAGUCAAGCCUUGCAAAACAUAUCGAAGCAUCGGCCUUACUCCAAGAGAAAGCCAAGGAAAUAAGCGGAGUAAACGUCCCUGUAAUGCUUAUCGGGGGACUCGGCAUUUAGGUUUUCUAAAAAGCUGAUGAAACCUUAAUAAUAACCUCAAUAAAUUAAUAAAACUUACUGUCGUUGUCCAAUGUGCUCUGCUCCAUGUUGUUUGCACUCAAGAUGCCAAAUCAGCGAACUUCAGUUCAGCGCCCUGAAUGUGACGGUCAACCGGCGGUAAUCUGAUAUCUUGCACAUGCCGCAAGAUCAGCAUUAUCGCUUAUGCCAAGUCGGCUUACCGACUGUAGCUUUGUAGCUCUAAGUACAUAUAUUUUGUAGCUUUGCAUUCUUUGGCAAUUAAAUACUUUUGAUUCAGCUUAUGCCCCAGCUUGCUGGUGGCUCCUAGUUUUAGUUCUGUUCUUAUAACGAAAGCUAACGCUUGUUAAUAAACCUUGCUCCGGCAACCAGCCGUAAACACUUUGAAUUAUUAAUUCUAUACCACUGUACCACAAGGCCAGUGAUAAGAGAGACAGUUAUCUC